AUACUAACUUGUUUGAGUGUUUUCUCUUGUUGCUGUGGUUCUUGUACAGACUUGUUUCUCUUGAAUCUUGCUUUCUAAUCUCACGGUCAGUGUUUCUGGUUUAUCUCUCAGACUGACUGAAGUCCACAAGAUGAGUGCUUGUAUGGAGGAAGAGGAGGACAGAGCAGAGCCUCCUGUGUCCAACUUCCUGUCUAUGAAGAGUGACCAGGACAACGGUCAUCCUCCAGCCUUCAGUAAUGAACCUGAACCCUCAAACACAAAAGUCCUGUGGUCAGACCACAGACAGAGAGCAGAGUCUCCAGCAUCAGACUGUCUGUCUAUGAAGAGUGACCGGUCUAUAGAGCCUCCUCCAUUCUUCAGGAAUGAACCUGGACCUUCAGACCCAAGAGUCCUGUGGUCAGACCACAGACAGAGAGCAGAGUCUCCAGCAUCAGACUGUCUGUCUAUGAAGAGUGACCGGUCUAUAGAGCCUCCUCCAUUCUUCAGGAAUGAACCUGGACCCUCAGACCCAAGAGAAAGGACGAGGAAGAGGAGGAGUGGUGUUUCUGUGGAGAAGCAGCUCUCCUGCUGUUCUUUGUGUCAGGACGUCUUGAAGGAUCCAGUCUCUACCAGCUGUGGACACUGGUUCUGCAGACAGUGCAUCAACUCAUACUGGGACCAGUCUGCUUCAUCUGGAGACUUCCCCUGUCCUCAGUGUGGAAAAAGAUUUAAAACAAGACCUGGACUGCAGACAGACAGUCAGACCAUCACUGUACAAAUGAGUGUUGCUCUCCUGGAGAUUUUACAUGUACAUAAGAUCAGUCUGGAGAUAAGAUGUUACUGUGUGACUGAAGGAACUGAUGAAGCAGGAAGUGAAGUCCUCCUCAACACCAUCUACACUGAGCUGUAUAUCACAGAGGGACAGAGUGAAGAUGUUAAUACCCAACAUGAGGUGAAGCAGCUUGAGAGAGCUUCCAAGAUGGAGACCCUCCAUGAGACUCCAAUCAAGUGUCACGAUAUCUUUAAAGUCUUACCAGCCAAAGACUUACCUGUUCAGUGCUUACCUGGCCAACAGAAACACAUCAGACUCGUUCUGACGUGUGGCGUUGCUGGCGUUGGAAAAACCUUCUCAGUGCAGAAGUUCACUCUGGACUGGGCACAGGGUUUGGAAAACACAGAUAUCAUUCUGGUGAUUCUGUUUUCGUUCAGGGAGCUGAACCUUAUCAAAGAUAAGCAGUACAGUCUUCUCAUGCUGAUCCACAUUUUCCAUCCAACAUUAAAGAAGCUCACAGCAGAGAUGCUCGCUGUCUGUAAAGUUUUGUUCAUCUUUGACGGCCUGGAUGAAAGCAGACUUUCAUUAGAUUUCAACAACAAAGAGGUUGUGUCUGAUGUCACACAGAUAUCAUCAGUCAGUGUGCUGUUGACAAACCUCUUCAAGGGGAAUCUGCUUCCCUCUGCUCUCAUCUGGAUAACUUCCCGACCUGCAGCAGCCAAUCAGAUCCCUCCUACAUGUGUGGACAGAGUAACAGAAGUACGAGGCUUCACUGACGCCCAGAAGGAGGAGUACUUCAGGAGGAGAUUCAGUGAUGAAGAGCUGUCCAAGAGAGUCAUCUCACACAUCAAGACAUCCAGGAGCCUCCACAUCAUGUGUCACAUCCCGGUCUUCUGCUGGAUCACUGCUACAGUUCUGGACCACAUGUUGACCACAGACCAGAUAGGAGAGCUGCCCAAGACCCUGACUGAAAUGUACUCACACUUCCUGCUGGUUCAGACAAAGAGGAAGAAACACAAGUAUGAUGAGGGACAUGAGACGAGUCCACAGGAGCUGACAGAGGCUGACAGAGAAGUUCUUCUGAAGCUGGGGAGGCUGGCGUUUGAACAUCUAGAUAACGGAAACAUCAUGUUCUACCAAGAAGACCUGGAGCGAUGUGGUCUUGAUGUCUCAGAGGCCUCGGUGUACUCAGGAUUUUGUACAGAGAUCCUCAAAAGAGAGAGUGUGAUCUUCCAGAAAUCAGUCUACACCUUUGUUCAUCUGAGUGUUCAGGAGUUUCUGGCUGCAGUCUACAUGUACCAGUGUUACACCAGCAGCAACACAGAGGUACUGAAGAACUUCCUGGGAAAAGACUACAGUCGCUCAUCCCUGGAUGACUUCCUGAUAAAAGCCAUGGAGAAAUCUCUCAAAAGCAGAAAUGGCCACCUGGACCUGUUUGUUCGCUUUCUUCAUGGCCUUUCUCUGGAGUCCAACCAGAGUCUCUUAGGAGGCCUGCUGGGUCAGACAGACAACAGUCCAGAAAUCAUCCAGAGAGUCAUCGACAACCUGAAGAAGAAAACGACCAGACUCUCUCCUGAUAGAAGCAUCAACAUCUUCCACUGUCUGAUGGAGAUGAACGACCACACAGUACAUCAGGAGAUCCAAGAGUUCCUGAAGUCAGAGAACAGAUCAGAGAAGAAACUCUCUGAUAUCCACUGCUCAGCUCUGGCCUACAUGCUGCAGAUGUCAGAGGAGGUUCUGGAUGAUCUGGACAUGAAUAAAUACAACACAUCAAACCUGGGACGACUGAGACUGAUCCCAGCUGUGAGGAACUGCAAAAAGGCUGUGUGCUCAGUCCAAAAAACUCACUGUGAAGUCGUGGCCUCAUCUCUGAAGUCCAACCCCUCCCAUCUCAGAGACCUGGACCUGAGUAAGAACAACCUGAAGGAUUCAGCCGUGAAGUUUCUGUCUGCUGGACUGGAGAGUCCAAACUGUAGACUGGAGACUCUGAGAUUGAAGGACUGCAGUCUGUCAGAGAUCAGCUGUUCUUCUCUGGUCUCAGCUCUGAAGAACAACCCUUCCCAUCUGAGGGAGCUGGAUCUGAGUCUCAACAUCCUGCAGGAUUCUGUAAUGAAACUGCUGUGUGAAUUUGUGGUGGAUCCAAACUGUAUACUGGAGACUCUGAGAUUGAAGGACUGCAGUUUGUCAGAGAUCAGCUGUUCUUCUCUGGUCUCAGCUCUGAAGAACAACCCCUCCCAUCUGAGAGAGCUGGAUCUGGGUGGAAACAACCUGAAGGAUUCAGGCAUGAAGCAGCUGUGUGAUUUUGUGGGGAGUCCAAACUGUAAACUGGAGACUCUGAGGUCAAGCUGCAGUUUGUCAGAGAUCAGCUGUGCUUCUCUGGUCUCAGCUCUGAAGAACAACCCCUCCGAUCUGAGAGAGCUGGAUCUGAGUUACAACAAGCUGCAAGAUUCAGACAUGAAGCAGCUGUGUGAUUUUGUGAAGAGUCCAAACUGUAAACUGAAUACUCUGAGCUUGAAGCACUGCAGUUUGUCAGAGAUCAGCUGUUCUUCUCUGGUCUCAGCUCUGAAGAACAACCCCUCCCAUCUGAGAGAGCUGGAUCUGAGGUUCAACAACCUGAAAGAUUCAGACAUGAAGCAGCUGUCUGAUCUUAAGGAGAGUCCAAACUAUAGACUGGAGACUCUGAGAUUGAAAGACUACAGUCUGUCAGAGAUCAGCUGUUCUUCUCUGGUCUCAGCUCUGAAGGACAACCCCUCCGAUCUGAGAAAGCUGGAUCUGAGUAACAACUACAACCUGAAGGAUUCAGACGUGAAACAGAUGUGUGGUUUUGUGAAGAGUCCAAACUGUAAACUGGAGACUCUGAGAUUGUACUGCUGCAGUUUGUCAGAGAUCAGCUGUUCUUCUCUGGUCUCAGCUCUGAAGAACAACCCCUCUCAUCUGAGAGAGCUGAAUCUGGGUGGAAACAAGCUGAAGGAAUCAGACAGAAAGCAGCUGUCUGAUCUUCAGGAGAGUCCAGACUGUAAACUGCAGACUGUGGAGUGAGUAGAGAGUUGGA